AUGCAGUCCCCCCAGAUGAACCACCGGAAGGAACCUCAGACAGACCCACAGACACCUAGGGCCAGCUCUCGUUGGGCGUCUCGUGAUCAACGUCUUGAAGCGCGUACACUACGCGCUCAGAAUCAAACGUACGCGCACAUUGCUGCCCAGACAGGGCUUACCCAACGCCAGGUCCAGAUAGCCUGUUCUGAGAGGCCUACGCCACGUAAACCUCGUGCCCAACGUCGCAAGCUAUCUGAGGAGCAGCUUGAUGAAGUAAUUGAGUUUAUUACUUCCUCAAAGGAAACACGACGGAUGCCUUUUGAGAUGGUUAUUAAAGAACUACAUCUUCCAGUUUGCAAGGCGACCUUACGAAAGGCCUUAGCAAGGCGAGGAUAUCAUCGAUGUAAGGCACUCCGAAAGCCUCCAUUAUCUGAACGUACACGAGUCCUUCGUCUAACCUGGGCUUUGGAGCACGUCAAUUGGACCCGUGAGCAAUGGAAAAAGGUACUCUGGACCGAUGAGACCUGGGUCACAUCAAUUUAUCAUCAACGGAUCUAUGUGACGCGUAAAGCUGGUGAGGAAUAUGAGGAUACCUGUGUCCGUGAGCGGGUGUCUCACGCACCUGGUUGGAUGUUUUGGGGAUCAUUUUACGGGAAUGAGAAAGGACCUUGCCUAUUUUGGGUGAAAGAAUGGGGUUCAAUCAAUAGCGGUUCAUAUACAGCGCGAAUUAUACCCCUAAUCCAUGGGAUGGUCACUAUGUGUCGUGAUUCAGGUACACACCUAAUCGUGAUGCAAGAUGGGGCGCCCUCACAUCGAAAUCUUCUAACGAUUGAGGAACUACAUGAACGUGGCAUUUUCCCUAUUGAUUGGCCACCCUAUUCGCCUGAUCUUAAUCCAAUGGAGCAGCUUUGGGACUAUAUGAAAGAUUGGAUUGGAGGUCGAUAUCUCAUAGCUCAGGAUCGCAAGCUUUCCUAUGAUCAACUGCGUGAGGCGGUUAGGGCUGCAUGGGACGCAAUCCCUACUUCCUUCCUAGAUGAGCAGAUUGAUCUGAUGCAGGCGCGCUGCCAGGCUGUGAUUGAUGCGCAGGGAGGGCAUACCCCCUAUUAA